GAUUUUUAUUUGCUAGAAUAUUUUCUCCGACCUUUCAACUUGACUGCGUAGAACUAUACAUCACGAAUGCUAGAAUUAUGCUUCUUUGUACCAUUUAUAUUUGCUCCAACAUAAGCUUCUGUAUUGAGAGCAAAGGAAGAUUUUUCCUCAUCUCCCAGAACCAUGCACUGGAAAUUUGCAACUUAAGGUUGUGGAUAAAAGCUUUAUACAUGAUACUCUUGCGGUGGAGGCUAGCAAUUGAAUCUUUAUUCAAUCUUCUUAUAGGUUUCGGAUGGUGGAGGAAGUAUGCCGGUAAUUGUGGGGAGAAAUGCAAAGGUAUUCUGCUACCAGCUGUGGUGGAGUUAGCAGCACUGCAGUUGGUGGGGCAUCUGCUAGGGAUAGUGCUAGAGCUGAUCCAUCCUUUUCGUCAUCCAACUUUUCUCUGAAUACCAGGCGUCCAUUACAGCUAAAUCCUUACAAGCUGAAGUGUGACAAGGAACCCCUGAAUUGCAGACUUGGGCCACCUGACUUUUAUCCCCAAUCUCCAAACUGCCCAGAGGAGACACUGACUAGGGAAUAUGUGCAAUCUGGAUACAAGGAAACUAUUGAAGGACUUGAGGAAGCUAGAGAGCUUAUACUAUCUCAACUUACUACUUUUACAAAGCCUGUAAUCAUAAAAUGCAAAGAGGCAAUCAGGAAACGCCUUAGGGCUAUUAAUGAUUCUCGUGCCCAAAAGCGCAAGGCUGGUCAGGUUUAUGGAGUGCCUCUCUCUGGUUCACUUUUACUUAAGCCGGGUGUCUUUCCUGAGCAAAGGGCGUGUGGUGAAGACUCCCGAAAGAAAUGGAUUGAAGGUCUAUCCCAACAACAUAAACGCUUGCGUGCUUUGGCUGACCAUGUCCCUCAUGGUUUUAGGAGGAAAGCUCUUUUUGAAGUCCUUAUCAGGCAUAAUGUUCCAUUAUUGAGAGCAACUUGGUUUAUCAAAGUAACAUACCUAAAUCAGGUCCGACCUGUUUCUGCAAACGUUUCUUCUGGUGCAACAGAUAAAACACAAUUAAAUCGCAGUGAUCUCUGGACAAAGGACAUAAUUGAAUACUUGCAGUACCUACUGGAUGAAUACAUCUCGAAGGAUGGCUCUCUUGGCAGGGAUCAAUCUCCGCAAAUGCUUUUGGCUGGGUCUGUUCACAAGGGUGAUUCAACACCCACCCUUACAGAUGACGAGGAACCUUCCUUGCAUUUUAAAUGGUGGUAUAUGGUGCGCAUCUUGCAAUGGCAUCAUGCAGAAGGGUUGGUUCUUCCUUCUCACAUUAUUGAGUGGGUUCUCAGUCAAUUGCAGGACAAAGAAUCACUUGAAACUUUACAGUUACUGUUGCCUAUUAUAUAUGCCAUGAUAGAAACAAUUGUACUAUCACAGACAUACGUCCGUAAUCUUGUGGAAGUAGCUGUUCGUUCCAUACAAGAACCUUCUAGUGGUGGUUCUGAUCUAGUAGAUAAUUCUCGGAGGGCCUAUACUGCCUCUGCUGUAAUUGAGAUGCUCCGGUACUUGAUAGUUGCUGUACCUGAUACUUUUGUUGCUUUGGAAUGCUUUCCAUUGGCACCAUCUGUAAUAUCGGGUGUGACAAAUGGGAGAUCUUUCUUCUCAAAGGCAUCUGAGGAUUCAGAGAAGACUCAUUAUGGUCCGGGAGAACUUAUUACCAUGUAUGGUGACAGAAGGCAAGAUGCUCAUAAUCAGUUCUUGUCCUUUGACUAUCUUGUUUCAUCUAUUCAGAAACGUGCUGAUAAUCUUGGGAAGGCGGUUAGUCCUGGUCUUCAAGGCCAUGGUGUGGCUAAAGCUGUACAGGCCUUGGAUAAAGCUUUAACACUGGGAGAUCUGAGAGGUGCUUACAAUUUUCUCUUUGAGAAUCUCUGUGAUGGAAACAUUGAAGAAGUUUGGAUUGCAGAAGUCAGCCCAUGCCUAUAUUCAUCUAUGAAGUGGAUGGGGAUGGUCAGCUUUUCAUUUAUCUGCUCUCUGUUUUUCCUUUUUGAGUGGGCAACGUGUGAUUUUAGAGAUUGUCGGACUUCGUUGCCUCUUGACCUGAAGUUCACGGGCAGAAAAGAUUUUUCUCAGGUGUACAUUGCAGUUCUGCUUUUGAAGAUGAAGAUGGAAGAUAUGUGUAAUUCAAUUCAGAGCAAGAAUGGAAGUACAUUGGGAGCCGGUAUCUUUUCAGGUGGGACAACUGGAGAAAAUGUAUUUGUAUCCAAAAAUAAAUCAAAGAGUUUGGGUGGAAGAAUAGAUUCAUCGGACAUUUUUCAAAGCCCAGGGCCUGUGCAUGAUAUUAUAGUUUGUUGGAUAGAUCAACAUGAUGUGGGCAAAGGUGAAGGUUUCAAACGCCUUCAGCUUCUCAUCAUUGAACUUAUUCGUUCUGGCAUUUUUUAUCCUCCAGCCUAUGUGAGGCAGCUCAUAGUCAGUGGCAUUAUGGACAGGAGUGAGACUCUGGUGGAUUUGGAUAGACGAAAGAGACACUAUCAUGUUUUGAAGCAGCUGCCUGGGGCUUACAUGCUUGAUUCUUUGGAAGAGGCUCAGAUUGCUGAUGUUCCAGUUCUAGAGGAGGCCCUGCAUGUUUAUGCCAAUGAACGCCGGCUUCUGCUUCUUGGACUUCUUGGUGAUCAUACAAGCCACUCCAAAAAUGGGAAUGAUGUAAGUUUCUUUUCCCCAAAACAAAAAGAUAAUCCAAGUUCUGGACGAAAUGCAGCUUCUCCUUCCCUUGAACACUUGAAAAACCUUCGCUCAGCAUCCAAUCCGUUGUCUGGCAGAGAUGCAAAAAUGAAGGUCCAAGUUUCAGAAGUGAAGGCUGCCAUUUCAAUGUUAUUGCAUCUUCCAAGCUCUUAUUCUGCAGCCUCAGAUACACGAUCUGAUGAAUCUCAAUGGAGCUGCAAGAGGUCCAUUGGGCCAAUUAGUAACAAAAUGGAUGUUACAGAAGGAACACCUGGGUGUGAAGAAUGCAGGAGGUCAAAGAAGCAGAAAUUAAGUGAGGACAGGAGCUCAUAUACGCAUGGGUUUUUACAAAAUCCAUCAGAUGAUGAGGAUAGCUGGUGGGUGAGGAAGGGUCCCAAAUCCAUGGAGUCAUUUAAAGUUGAUCCACCUCUUAAGUCAACCAAACAUGCAUCUAGAGGUCGGCAAAAAAUUGUGCGCAAAACCCAAAGCCUGGCUCAACUGGCAGCUGCUAGGAUUGAGGGUAGCCAAGGGGCAUCAACUAGUCAUGUAUGUGAUAAUAAAAUAAGCUGUCCUCAUCAUAGAACUGGUACAGAAGGAGAUGUUUCUAAGCCAUCAGAUGGCAUGAGAACUGCACAUCUUGGUGAUGUUGUUUCAAUUGGUAAAGCUUUGAAACAGCUACGGUUGCUUGAGAAAAGGGCUAUCACAGUGUGGUUGAUUACUUCUGUUAGGCAGCUUAUUGAAGGGUUUGAAAAGUCUAUUUCCAAGGUUGGCCAGUGUACUGGGCCUUUGCCUUCUUCCAUUGAUGACAAGAAUUCUGUACGGUGGAAGCUCACUGAAGAUGAGUUAUCUGCUAUAUUAUAUUUGAUGGAUAUUUCAUUUGACCUAGUUUCAGCUGUGAAAUUCCUGCUGUGGUUAUUACCCAAGAUUCCAUCUACUACAAAUUCUAAUAUUCACAGUGGGAGAAGCAUUUUGAUGCUACCAAAGAACACAGAAUGCUAUUCAUGUGAAGUGGGGGAAGCAUUUCUAUUGUCAUCCAUUAGGAGGUAUGAGAACAUAAUUGUAGCAGCAGAUCUUCUUCAUGAAACCCUUUCUGCUACAAUGCAUCGAGCUGCCACAGUCAUGACCACUAAUGGAAGGGCUUCUGGUUCAGCAGCUUUUGUUUAUGCUCGAAACUUGUUAAAGAAAUAUUGCAAUGUGCCUAGUGUGGCAAAAUGGGAGAAAAAUUUCAGGGCAACAUCUGAUCAGAGACUCCUUGCAGAACUUGAAUCUGGACGAGCACUGGAUGGUGAGUUUGGUUUUCCACUUGCAGUUCCAGCUGGGGUGGAAGAUCUUGAUGAUUACUUCCGUCAGAAGAUAAGUGGCAGGUUGUCUAGGCCAACCCCGGGCAUGAAGGAGAUAGUGCAAAAGCACAUUGACGAAGCCAUGCACUAUUUCUAUAGCAAAGAAAGAAAACUAUUUACAGCAGGUGCUCCUAAAGGUCCAUCCUUGGAAAAAUGUGAUGAUGGAUAUCAGAUGGCUCAACAAAUAGUUUUGGGACUAAUGGAAUGCAUUAGGCAGAACAAUAAUGCACCCCAAGAAGUGGAUCCCUUUGUAGUGGCCUCUGCUGUUUCUGCUAUUGUUGGUAAUGUAGUUUCUGCUCUAGUGAAAAUGCCAGAUUUCACUACAAGUAGUAAUUACCCAAAUUUCCCAUCCCCUAUAAAUUCAUUGAAUUGUGCUCGGCGCAUUGUACAUAUUCACAUUGCCUGCCUCUGCUUACUUAAGGAAGCCCUUGGGGAGCGCCAGAGCCGUGUAUUUGAGAUAGCACUUGCAACAGAAGCUUCUUCGGCUGUUGCCACAGCCCUUGCUCCAGGAAAAGGCUCUCGUAGUCAGUUUCAACUAUCACCUGAAGCCCAUGAUUCAAACUCAAGUCUGUCAAAUGAGAUGCUGAAUACUGCAAAAGUAUUUCUUGGGAGGGCCACAAAAGCUGCAGCAGCUGUAUCUUCACUAGUGGUUGGUGCUGUUGUUCAUGGAGCUGCUAGCCUGGAGCGGAUGAUAUCUGUCUUAAGAUUAAAGGAAGGAUUGGACAUUAUCCAAUUUGUGAGGAGUGCAAGAACCAGUUCUAAUGGGAUUUCUCGUUCAAUUGGUGCUUUGAAGGUGGACAAUUUGAUUGAAGUAUAUUUGCACUGGUUUAGGCUGCUUGUGGGGAAUUGUAGAAUGGUUUCAGAUGGACUAGUUGUGGAACUUCUUGGUGAACCAUAUAUCUUAGCUCUUUCAAGGAUGCAGAGAAUGCUUCCUCUUAGUUUGGUUUUGCCUCCUGCCUAUUCAAUCUUUGCUUUGGUGAUAUGGAGGCCGUACAUUCUCAAUAGUAAUAUUGUAAUUCGUGAAGAUGUUCAAUUGCAUCAGUCAUUGGCAUCGACCAUAAAUGAUGUCAUAAGGCACCAGCCAUUUCGGGAUGUUUGCUUACGGGAUACUCAUGCUUUUUAUGACAUCCUAGCUUCAGAUGUUGGUGACUCUGAGUUUGCAGCCAUGCUAGAAAUGCAUGGCACAGACAAGCAUAUGAAAACCAUGGCAUUUGUUCCUCUCCGUGCUAGACUUUUCCUUAAUGCAAUCCUUGAUUGUAAAUUGCCACACUCUAUGAGUUCACACGAUGAUGGAACUAGGGUCUCUGGGCAUGGUGAGUUGAAAGUGCAACGUGCAGAAAGUGAGACGAAACUUCAGGAUCAGCUUUUGCAUGUAUUGGAUACCCUUCAACCGGCAAAGUUUCAUUGGCAAUGGGUAGAACUCAGGUUUCUCUUGAAUGAACAAGCUCUCAUUGAAAAAAUUGAUACGCAUAAUAUGUCAUUGGCAGAGGCUAUUCGUUCUCUUUCACCUAGUGCUGACAAUUCUGUUCUUUCUGAGAAUGAGAGCAAUUUCAAUGAAAUCAUCCUCACAAGAUUACUGGUCAGACCUGAUGCUUCUCCCCUUUAUUCAGAGGUGGUACAUUUGCUUGGGAAAUCAUUAGAGGAAUCACUGCUCUUACAAACUAAAUGGUUCUUGGGUGGCAAUGAUGUCCUUUUUGGACGUAAGUCCAUCAGACAACGCCUCGUUAAUAUUGCUCAAAUAAGAGGUCUUUCAACUAAAAUUCAAUUUUGGAAGCCAUGGGGAUGGCCACAUUCAGCUGCUGAUCUAGCAGUGAUCAGAGGAGAGAAAAAGAAGUUUGAAGUGGCCUCUCUUGAAGAAGGAGAGGUUGUGGAAGAAGGUGUAGAUUUUAAAAGGUCAGGAAGGUUAACUUCUCAAACUUUUGAUUCUGAAGGCUUCAACUGCGGUCAGCAGUAUGCGACUGAGAGAUCUCUUGUAGAGUUGGUUCUUCCUUGCAUAGAUAGGAGUUCCAGUGAAUCCCGCAAUGCAUUUGCAAGUGAUCUAAUUAAGCAAAUGAAUGGUAUUGAGCAGCAAAUAAAUGCAGUUACCCGUGGCACAGGUAAGCAAGCUGGAGCAGUUCCUUCUGGGAUUGAAGGUGGUACAAACAAAGGUAGCAGUCGGAAGGGAAUAAGGGGUGGCAGUCCUGGCCUGGGUCGGCGAUCCACAGGACCAACUGAUUCUGCACUUCCCUCAUCUGCAGCAUUGCGAGCUUCUAUGUGGUUGCGGUUGAAGUUACUCCUGAGGUUGUUUCCUCUAAUUUAUGCGGAUAGGGAUUCAUCUGGCAGGAACAUGCGUCUGUUGCUUUCAUCUGCCAUACUACGUCUUCUUGGAAGCCGGGUAGUGCACGAGGAUGCAGAUUUAUCCUAUCCCACACAAAGAAGUUCUCCAUCCAAAAGGGAGGUGGAAUCACCAAUUGAACCGUCAGCAGUCAUAUCAUUGGACCUCUGCGGUGACAGUCUAUUUGAUUGGUUACUGGCUAUGCUGCAUGGGUUGUUGAGCAGUUGCAAGCCAAGUUGGCUGAAGCCCAAGUCUGUCUCCAAAUCAACCGUCAAAUCUCCUAGGGAUAUAUCUGUUUUUGAUCGGGAGGCAGUAGAAAGUUUGCAGAAUGAGCUGGAUCGCAUGCAACUGCCUGAGUCCAUAAGAUGGCGCCUCCAAGCUGCGAUGCCAAUACUCCCUCCCUGCUCAUCAUUCUCCAUUUCUUGUCAGAUGCCUGCAGUCUCAACUGCAGCUCUCGCUCUGCUGCAAUCUAGCUUCUCAGUUCCUAUGUUCCAACAUGGAACUUCAAAUCUGCCCCAGAAGAACCAAGUUCCUUCUGCACGAACACCUGCAAGCAUACCUGGGAAGUCCAAGCCAUUGCCGAGUCAGGAUCAAGACAUGGAAAUUGACCCAUGGACACUCUUGGAAGAUGGAACAAGCUCGGGACCCUCUUCAAAUAACUGCAGUCUGGGUGCCACUGCUGAUCAUUCAAAUCUUAAGGCUUGCAGCUGGCUAAGAGGGGCAGUUAGAGUGAGAAGAACCGACCUUACUUAUAUUGGGGCCGUGGAUGAUGACAGCUGACUACGUAACUGUUAUUAUUUGUCCAGAAUUUGGCAGUUCUUUUGCAGGUGAUGAAUGGCUUAACACACCUCUGCAUUGAGAUUUGAGACUGCUGGUGCUAUGCUCUUCAGGUCCUUGCUUUGAUGUCAAGGAGGAGCUACUGGGAGGAGGGGUCAUGGGUCUUUUUGAUAUUCCAGCCUUCUGGUCCCCAGACCUCGUCGGGAAACACUAACCCCCUUGAUUGAUAAUUCCCCUCCACGAGGAGCCUUUGCAGGUGCCGUUCGGAGGCUGUUGUAUAUAUAGAAAUAUUGUUCUAUUUCCCCCCCACCAAUUCAUGAGGAAUUGAGAUCAGAAAAUAUCUCAAGAACGAUUUGUAGUUUUGAGCUCAUCGAUUUCAAGUCACUGCUCUCUUUCCCUCUCACACAUACACACACACCCCAGAGACACAGACACGUUGUUUUCUCUAUGCAAAGGCUCUGAGGCACGGUCGAUACUUAGAUGUUGCACUACUUGAAUUUUUGUUAACGGGCUAUGGAUGAUGAUGGCCAUUUGCACUGUAUCUCCAGCAACACUUUGUAUGUGGCCCGAUAUUGUUGAUUUGAAGGUUGUUAAAAAGCUUCGGUUAGAAUAUGAUAAAAGAUCCAAGAAAGCAACAACGGGAUUACAAGCAA